AUGGCGGCCGCGGGCGUGACGCCGAUGGCGAAGUACAAGCUCGUCUUCCUCGGGGACCAAUCCGUGGGGAAGACGAGCGUGAUAUCUCGCUUCAUGUACGACAAGUUCGACAACUCGUACCAGGCGACGAUCGGCAUCGACUUUCUCUCCAAGACGAUGUACCUCGAGGACCGGACCGUCCGCCUGCAGCUGUGGGACACCGCGGGCCAGGAGCGCUUCCGGAGCUUGAUCCCCUCGUACAUUCGCGACUCCUCCGUCGCGGUCGUCGUGUACGACGUCUCCAGCCGCGCGUCGUUCCUAAACUGCGCGAGGUGGAUCGACGAGGUGCGAACCGAACGCGGAAGCGACGUGAUCAUCGUCCUCGUCGGGAACAAGACCGACCUCGUGGAGCGCAGAGAGGUGAGCGUGGAGGAGGGCGAUGCGCGGGCGAGGGAGCACGGAGUGAUGUUCAUCGAGUGCAGCGCGAAGGCGGGGUUUAACGUGAAGGCGUUGUUCAGGAAGAUCGCCGCGGCGUUGCCGGGGGCGGAGGCGGGCGUCGGCGCGGGGGGGGGGGCCGCCGCGAGGGCCAAGGCGGAGGAUCAGCUCGUGGACGUGAAGCUCACGUCGCAGCCGGUGGCGUCGAGCGCUGGGUCAUCGUGCGCGUGUUGA